AUGGCAAAGGGUAUAAUGGAUCCGACUAUUGAGGAGAUAACUGGAAACAAAAGUUUGCCUCCAGAAAUAUCCCAGCCACCCACUAUAAGUAUCAGCGAGAACAACGUGGCGUUUCAACUGCUGCAUACGUUCAACGUCACAGCUGUAGAUGAUGACGCGCUCAGCUGUGACGUCAGUGAUACUUCUCCUUUUUCAGAGGCAUUUGGCUUUUGGGUUUACAAUGGAGCCUAUCGCUUGUAUUUAAUGAACGACCCUGGGCUUGACUACAGUGUGACGUCAAGUUACGUCAUCACAGUCACGUGUGAGGAUAGCUAUGGCAACGCAUCCGUUGACGUCACUGUAUUUGUCAUUCCAAAUUUACCGCCCACAUUUGAUAAUUUGCCAGCUGACAAAAACCAGAACGCGGCCUCUACCAAGUUGAAGUCAACAAUCUACACCGUCUUGGCGUCUGAUAAUGACAGUUCCCUUCUGACGUUUUCAAUGACGUCAGAUCCGGAGGAACCCGACCUGUUUGAAAUAAAUUCCGUUUCGGGAAAAAUCAGCGCAAAGAAAGACUUCAAAUACGCAGUCGACAGCGCCUACGUGCUAACCGUUAACGUGAAUGACGGCAAGGACGUAACGUCAGAAACGUUCACCGUGUUUAUUAACAACGUGAACACAGUGCCUGUCAUCAACAACCUACCGGCGGCCAUACAGAAGAACGAGGACACUUCCACUAACGGGAACUUACUUAUCCUUGACCUUGAUGACACAGGGUCAGGAGCUGUCAGAGUGACCUUCACCGUUAACCCGCCAGAAUACACUGAUAUGUUCUACAUUCACAACAAAAACACGCUAAAAUUGACGACGAGUUUUAACUAUGAAGAAUGCAGCUACUUUGCAAUACAGUUUUACGCCAGUGACGAUGAAGUGACGUCAGAGGCGUAUCUUCUCACAAUUACCGUCAUUGACGUCAAUGAGCGUUGCUACUUCACGCCGGAAGUUUACUACGUAUACAUGUACGAAGGAAAUAGUGGCACUGGUAAAGUUGCUCCAGGAUUUAGCGUUGACGACGAAGACGUCGGUGAUACGUUUACCAUAUCUAUUGAUCAGACAUAUUCAACCGAAAGCACGUAUUUUGCCUUCGACGCAACGACCGGGAUGAUAAGCCUUGCGUUGAACUAUGACGUUGACGCAAACGUUCACUCUACGAACGUUACGUUAAUAUUCGUCUGUACAGAUAACUAUGGGUUGACAGGUACGGCCACCGUCAGCGUUACCGUAAAAGACGUCAACGACAAUGUGCCGACGUUUGGAAACGUUGCCUACCUGACGGAAAUCAACCAGUAUGACGGCCCUUCCACCACUGUUGUGCAAACAGGGGGCUACGUCACGGACCUAGAUUCAGGAGACAACGGAAUAUUUGAGCUCACGUGGACGGAAGUGACGAUUGGUUCAGCGAACCAUUUCCUGUUCACACCAACCGGCGGUGUGAUCCUAAAGGAGGUAUAUUUAACAUCAACGACGACGGUUGCAGUGACGUCAACGACGGAAGAAACGUCAUUUUGGUCGAAAGCGGAGAACAUCGGCUUGGUGGCUGCUUGUGGGGGCCUUGGUGUGGCGUUGGCGUCCAUAGCCACUGUCUUAGCUGUUCGAAUAUGUAAAGGAAAAAUAAAACCGAAUCCUAAAUCGGAGUCAUUUGACUUCUGGAGUUCAAAGCCAAACGAGAUUGGGAAAGUUGCGCACAAGGGAAUGCCUUCACCAAAUGUGUAA